AUGGAUUCCAUUUCUCUACGCUCGUUCUAUUCCCAGUUUUCAGUUCGUAAGCAACUCGGAUUCCUCCCAAACACCGCUAUUUUCCGUUCAAGGAUUCGUUUUCCUUUUCGUUUCCCACCGAGAAGCUACUGCCGCCAUUAUCAUUAUAAACCUCUCGUUUCUGCCGUCUCCGCCACUUCCACUAGAGAAGCGGAAAAGAAGAAGGCGAAAUCGGCUGCUCCCGGAAAAGCACUUGUCAAUAUUUGUUUAGAUCAUCAAGUUCAAUUCGGCGAGCAUGUAAUGGUUGCCGGGUCGGCGAAAGAAUUGGGGUCCUGGAAGAAACAGGUGCCUAUGAGCUGGUCCGCGAUCGGAUGGGCAAGCGACUUCGAGCUCGAUGCCGGUCAGUCGGCCGAGUUCAAAUUUGUGAUUGUUGGGAAGGAUAAGACUGUAGUAUGGGAAACUGGGGAUAACCGUGUUCUCAAAGUGCCUGAAGGAGGGAGUUUCGGGAUAAUUUGUCACUGGAACUCAACAAAGGAACCAAUGAAACUAUUGCCUUUAGAUUUGGAAAAAUAUCGAGACAGAGCGGAGGUUGUUGGCCGUACUACUGCUGCCGAUGUCGAAACGAGUCCUUUUGUUGGACAAUGGCAGGGGAGGGAGCAUCACCAUAGAGAAGUUGAGAGGAAAUGGAAUACAACCGGUCUUAAAGGGUUGCCUCUUAAACUAGUUGAAGGAGAUAAAAAUGCAAGGAACUGGUGGAGAAAGCUCGAAGUGGUUCGUGGGCUAUUACUUGAAAGUUUGGAAAUAGGGGAACUGUUGGAGGCUCUAAUAUGCUCUGCUGUCUAUCUUAAGUGGAUAAAUACUGGCCAAAUUCCUUGUUUCGAAGAUGGGGGUCAUCACCGGCCGAACAGACAUGCCGAGAUUUCCAGGGAUAUAUUUCGCGAAUUAGAGCAAAUCUCUUGUUGGAAAGACACUUCACCUCAGGAAGUGCUUGUUAUUCGCAAGAUCCAUCCUUGUUUGCCGUCUUUUAAAGCAGAAUUUACAGCAGCUGUCCCCCUGACUCGGAUUAGAGACAUUGCUCAUCGGGGUGAUAUUCCUCAAGAUCUCAAGCAAGAAAUUAAGCAUUCAAUACAGAACAAGCUUCAUCGAAAUGCUGGCCCUGAAGAUUUAGUUGCGACAGAAGCAAUGCUUGCAAGAAUCACCAAGAAUCCUGGAGAAUACAGUGAAGGGUUUGUGGAGCAAUUCAAGAUAUUCCAUCGGGAACUCAAAGAUUUUUUCAAUGCAGGAAGCCUCACUGAACAACUUGAGUCGCUUAGAGAAUCACUGGAUGAGCGAGGCAUAUCAGCUUUUGACGCGUUCCUAGUAUGCAAAAAGAUUACGGAUGCUGCGAAAGAGGCAAGUAGUGAACUGGAUUUAAUCAAGGCAAUGCUUUCGCUGAAUGCUUUGAGACAAGUGAUCAUAAAGGGUCUCGAAAGUUGUCUUAAAAACAAUGCUCCCGAAGCAGCCAUAGCAAUGCGUCAAAAGUGGCGGCUUUGUGAGAUCGGCCUCGAGGACUAUUCCUUUUUGCUCUUAAGCAGGCUACACACUACACAUGAAGCUAUGGGAGGAGCCAAUUGGCUUGCAGAUAAUAUGGGUACAAAGAGAAUAGGCUCUUGGAAUAACCCGCUUACAUCCCUAAUUCUCAGUGUUCAUCAGCUUGGUUUAUCUGGUUGGAAACCCGAAGAAUGUGCUGCUAUUGGAAGUGAGCUCACUGCAUGGCAAGAGAGAGGGCUCCUUGAGAAAGAAGGAAGCGAAGAUGGAAAAAGAAUCUGGGCAUUAAGACUCAAAGCUACACUCGACAGGACAAGGAGGUUAACCGAGGAAUAUUCGGAAGCACUUCUUCAAAUAUUCCCUCAAAAAGUUCAGAUGCUUGGUAAAGCUCUUGGAAUUCCGGAGAACAGCAUAAGGACAUAUACUGAAGCUGAGAUUCGAGCUGGGGUAAUUUUUCAGGUUUCAAAACUAUGUACUCUUCUUCUAAAAGCAGUGAGAAUAGGAUUGGGUUCUCAAGGUUGGGAUGUACUUGUUCCAGGAUCCGUUUCUGGAACAUUGGUUCAGGUUGAGUCCAUUGUCCCUGGAUCACUGCCAUCAUCUUUGGAAGGACCUGUUAUUCUCGUGGUCAAUAGAGCCGAUGGAGAUGAGGAGGUAUCAACUGCUGGACUCAACAUUACCGGAGUUGUACUUCUUCAGGAAUUGCCUCACUUGUCUCAUCUUGGUGUUAGGGCCCGACAAGAAAAGGUUGUCUUUGUUACAUGUGAAGAUGACGAAAAAGUUUCUGAUAUACAAAAGCAUGCAGGAAAAUACAUGAGCCUUGAAGCAUCAUCUAGCGGCGUGAACCUAACUCCAUCUUCAAACGAUCGUGAUGCUGUUUCUGUUAAAAAGAAUCUUUCAAUGAAUGCUUCAUUUGCUGCCAAGGUGGUGGCUGUUAAAGCCCCGGCCUUUAAUAAGGAUUGUGCUUCCUUGGGAGUUAUACCACUUGCCAAAGCAGAUGAACUAACUUCGGGAGCAAAGGCAGCUGCCUGUGGCCGUUUAGCUUCCUUGGCAACAGAGUUCAAUAAGGUCCACAGUGAUAACAGUGUGCCGGCCUCAUUCCUUGUUCCUGCCGGAGUAGUUAUACCAUUUGGUUCGAUGGACUUGGCUUUAGAGAAAAACAGAUUGAUGAAAAAAUUCAAGUCUCUUCUAGGACAGAUAGAAACAGAAGGAGUCGAGAACGAUGCACUCGACAAAGUAUGCCAACAACUUCAGCAACUGGUCUCUUCACUUGAGCUUUCUGAUGACAUAAUUGAUAGCAUCAGGAGCAUGUUUCCUGAUGAUGAACGCUUAAUUGUUCGUUCAAGUGCAAAUGUUGAGGAUUUGGAAGGGAUGUCAGCUGCUGGACUGUACGAAUCAAUCCCGAAUGUCAGUCCAUCAAAUCCAACAAUAUUUUCCAAUGCUGUUAGUCGAGUAUGGGCCUCACUCUAUACUCGAAGAGCAGUACUAAGCCGCCGAGCUUUUGGUAUAUCGCAGAAAGAUGCUACAAUGGCAAUACUGGUCCAAGAAAUGCUUUCACCGGAUCUUUCAUUCGUUCUCCACACACUCAGCCCAGCUGAUCAUGACCAAAAUUAUGUAGCAGCUGAGAUUGCGCCGGGCUUUGGUGAAACCCUUGUUUCGGGAACUCGCGGGACACCCUGGCGUGUAUCAUUAGGGAAGUUUGACGGGACUGUCCGGACACUAGCAUUUGCAAAUUUCAGUGAGGAGAUUGAGAUAUCCAGUACAGACCCUGCUGAUGGGGAAGUUCUCCAUUUGCCAGUAGACUACAGCAAAAAACCGUUUACAGUUGAUCCGAAAUACCGUCAGCAGCUUAGUCAGCGUCUCGGUGCCAUCGGUUAUUUCCUGGAGCAGAAGUUUGUCUGCCCCCAAGACGUCGAAGGAUGCGUUCUCGGUGAAGAUAUUUACGUGGUUCAGGCACGCCCUCAACCCCUGUAAUGGCUUCUAGCUUAUCAUGCAUCCAAUAAGAUUGCCAUCAACAUCGAAAA